AUGUCAAUAGGUUCUUGCCUAUUUUACAUAUCUAUCUAUCGAUCAAUCUAUCUAUCCAACUAUAUUCUAUCUAUCUAUGUAUCUAUCUAUCUAAAUUUGUUCAUAUUUCUCCCUCUUUGUACACACACACAAAAUAUAUAUCUCCGUCUGUUCAUAUCUAUCUAUCUAUCUAUCUAUCUAUCUAUCUCCAAUAUUGAUUAUUCUUGCUUGCUUUCUUUCUUUCUUUCUUUCUUUUUUUCCUUAUUUCUUUCACUUUCUUUCUUGCAUUUUUUCCAUUCUUCUUUCUUUUUCUUUUUCUUUUUUCCUUUAUUCAUUUUAUGCAUCGCAAGUUGCUUUUUUUCUUUCUUUCUUUCUUUCUUUCUUUCUUUCUUUCUUUCUUUCUUUCUUUCGUCCCCGUAUUUCUUUCACUUUUUUCAUUCUUGCUUUCUUUUUUUUCCCAUCUUUCCUUCUUUUUUGUUUAUCCAUUUUAUGAAUCGCAAAUUGCGUUUUUUCUUUCUUUCUUUCUUUCUUUCUUUCUUUCUUUCUUUCUUUCUUUCUUUAUUUAUUUAUUUAUUUAUUUUAUGCAUCACAAUUUGCUUUCUUUCUUUUCUUUCUUUCUUUCUUUCUUUCUUUCUUUUCUUUUUUUCUCUAUUUCCUUUCUUUCCCCUUUUUUAUGUCUUCCUCUCUUUUCUUUUUUUAUCGUAG